AUGGCUGCUACACACCUCGACGCUGAGUUGCAGCACAGUGAGAGACGUCCUCUCUUAUCGAACAGAGCUGAUGGAAACAACAUGAGCCCCAUGCAAAAAGCAAUAGGCCAAACAUACCAGAGCACUGCCCACCUCGCCAAACUCCUUCCUUCUGGCACCGUUCUUUCUUUCCAGAUCCUGGCUCCCACCCUGGCAAAACAAGGCCACUGCAGUGACAUGAACCGGAUGAUGACAGGAGGGCUCGUGGUGCUCUGUGCAUUGUCCUGCUUUGUUCUCAGCUUCACAGAUAGCUUCAGGGAUGAGGAAGGGAAGGUACGAUAUGGGUUUGCCACAUUCAGGGGGUUGUGGGUCAUUGAUGGUGGGGCUCCUCUUGAGCCAUUUGCAGCAGCAGGAUUCAGGAUGCGGAUUCUAGACUUUGUACAUGCCAUUGUUUCAGCUAUGAUUUUUGUAGCAAUCGCACUGUUUGACCAAAAUGUGGUGUCUUGCUUCUAUCCAACACCAUCCGAGGAUACAAAGCAACUUCUCACAGCAUUGCCAGUUGUGAUUGGAGUCAUUGGAAGCAUGCUGUUUGUUAGCUUCCCUACCACUCAUCACAGCAUUGGCUCCACACUCUCUUCACAAUAA